AUUGCUUCUGAUUUAAUAUAAUAUUUAUUAACAAAAUGAAAUCUUUGAUUUUAACUCUUUUAAUUUUUGGACCAUUGGUGUCUUCAGGUUUCCUGAUCGACGACUAUGAAAUCGACAAUGAAUAUGAAAUAAAUGUCAUUUUAUUUGCUACUGAAAGUGAGUUGCUUGAAAAGUACCCUCAUGCGAAGAAUCUUGAGUUGAAGAAAGAAGAAUUAUUUACGGGAAGAGUCCAACUCACGUAUACUUUAGGAAAUCGAGUGCCAGGAGAUCAGCUUGUAGCCAUUGGAACCGAUUCCUAUUCUUGGCCAGAUGCCCGAGACGUUAAGCUGGAAUUGACCUAUCCCACUUCUGAAAAUGGUGCGGUUGUGUCUUACCUUCGUAUAGGAAUCGUUCAAGAUACAAAUAUCGGCAAUGCUUAUGUUGUUAGUGGAGGAAUAGGACAAAGAAGGAUUGUUAUUGCUGUACAAGCUGUACACACGACAUUCUUGAGCUAUAAUGCUCAAAUCUAUGGACGAUAAGUGAUAUUUUUGAAAACCCUUUCAGUAUUUUGUAU